ACGCCGCCUGUAAAAAAACAAAGAUGAAUAAUACAUUGAUGACGUAAACAUCUCUCUGAACAUACACAAUAAAGAUGGCGUCGGCGGAGGUAGCGCUGAAACAUACACACGUGGAGAAAAAGAAAAAGGUUUCUGAGCGUUACUGGCAGGGCUCUGGUGAGGAGAAGAAGGAUGAAGCCCCGGGUGGAUCUCACGUGCCGGGGGACCAGCCAGCUCCACUGGGCAGCCAAACCAACCAGCAGACCAGUGCUUCAGAGAAGAAAAAAAAAUAUAAAGCGGAAGGAAGACAUGGAAAGAAGGCCAUAACAAGGAAGCCUGAUCCCUUCCCAGGAUCUGCACCAGUUCCUGAGGAGAAGCGGCUUAAGUUCCGGAGGAAAAUGAAAAUUGCGCAGCUUCCUCAGCAUCUCUCUAAGCUAAGGCGUGUUGUGGCUAGCUCACAGGCUGAGUCAGAAAUUACUGAAAAGGAAUCUGCCCGACACGACCAACUUCUUCUCCAAGAGGAUGCUGGUUUUCUAGAAGGAGAUGAAGAUGAGGACACGUGUACCAUCUCCCAAGAGGAUAUUGCUGAUGCUGUGGAUAUAACGGCUGGAGCCAAGUAUUUUAAUCUAGACCUAUCCCAGUUUGGGCCUUAUCGAUUGGAUUACAGCAAGACUGGACGCCAACUGUUACUGGGUGGGAGGAGGGGGCAUGUGGCCUGCCUGGACUGGCAGACUAAACAGCUGCUGUGUGAGAUCAACGUGAUGGAGACUGUCAAUGAUGUGAAAUGGCUCCAUAGCGAGGCUAUGUAUGCGGUGGCACAGAAGAAAUGGCUGUACAUCUAUGACUCCAGUGGAAUCGAGCUUCAUUGUAUACGAAAAUUCAACGAUGUUCUUCGCAUGCAAUUUCUCCCGUACCACUUUUUGUUAGCCACAGCGAGCGCAACAGGCUUCCUGCAGUACUUGGACGUGUCCGUUGGGAAGGAGGUGGCGGCCGUGGGCACCAAAGCAGGCCGGCUGGACGUCAUGUGCCAGAAUCCUCAGAAUGCGAUCAUCCACCUGGGCCAUUCUAACGGCACCGUCACCCUCUGGUCCCCCAAUCAGAAGGAAGCGAUCGUCAAGAUGCUCUGUCACCAGGGUGGUGUACGCUCCGUCGCUGUGGACAAGACUGGCACUUAUAUGGUGACGUCGGGCAUGGACAAAAAGCUGAAGGUUUUUGACCUCAGGUCCUUCAAGCCCUUUCAGUCCUACUUCCUGCCUGCCGGGGCCUCCUCCCUGGCUCUGAGCCACAGGGGUCUGCUGUCGGCCGCCACUGGAGACAUUGUCCAGGUCUACAGAGACGUAUGGAAUACACCAGUGAAAAAGCCCUACAUGGCACACAAAGUGCACGGAGCGGUGUGGGGCCUCCACUUCUGUCCCUAUGAGGAUGUCCUUGGGGUGGGCCAUGGAGAGGGCUUCACCAGUAUGCUGGUGCCAGGUGCUGGUGAGCCCAACUUUGAUGGGCUGGACUCGAACCCAUACCGAAGUGCCAAACAACGGCAAGAAUGGGAGGUUAAGGCCCUGUUGGAGAAGAUACAGCCAGAGCUGAUAUCCCUCGAUCCAGGAAAGCUGAGCCAAGUGGACUACGCCACGUUCAAGCAGAAGCAUCAGGACAAAGUCAAUGCCCUGGGCUAUGACCCACUUGCCAGAGAUAAGUUCAAGCCCCGCAUGAGGAAGAAGGGCAGAAGUUCCACUGGAGGGGUUAUAAGGCGCAAGAAUCAAGUGGCUCACGAAGACAAGAGAGAGAUCAUCAUUACAACUUUGAAGGAAAAGGCAGAGUCUGCAAAGGAAAGGAAGAAAAACAACAAUGGGGAAACAUCUGCUGUGCAGAGAUCUGCUCUGGACCGAUUCAAGAAACGGGCGGCCCCGUGAGGUCCAGCGGACGGAGUGACCUUUCGACUUUCCAUGAAGGGCGGGUUCUCGUUCGCAUUCUUGUCUACCCACUCGAGACUGUACAAUAUGCCGCUUGUUCUCGCAAUGACUGUUCAUCGCUGUCGCUCAUGUAGACAUGGUUCUUAUGGGUGCAAAAGUUCCAACUCUUCAACUAGGUCCCCUGUCUAACCCAAAGCCACUUUAUUGAUUCCACAAACCAUUUAGUUAUUUUCUGUCUUGCUUCAGGAAAGUAUGUAACCACAUGGCUUGAAGGGUCAAUUCGCACACUCAGCUGCUUCCAUUUAGUCAAGAUGAUUGCCAGAUGAGUUAUUUGUACUGCAUCACUUUUUUUUUUUUUUUUUUAGAACAUUGUGAUGCAGAUAAUUAAAAGAUUCUCAUGAAGCAAG